UGGGGGAGCCGCCGGCCGCGCUGCCGCCGCGGGAGCCGCCGGAGCCCGGCAGUGCCUAGCGCAGGCUGCGGGCUUUCUGCAAGUCAUCGGGGCCGGCCCCCGCUGCCCUCCCGCUCCCCCAGCCCGGCGCAUCCGCUCGGGAAUUAUUUCAUUUAUUUGUUUGCUUGUUUGUUUAUUUAUUUAUUUUCUUCCGCCGUGCUGUAUGUACUGGUUUCCUCGUCACCCGCCACGGUUAACUUCCCUGUGACUCGGUUUAACACUUGAGACCUCCGUGGAUGCUGCUAAGAGCACUUCUCUUGCCUUUGCUGUCCCUUGCUGGGAUCGGAUUCACACUACCCGGACCCUGUGUGCCUGUAUGUGUGUUCUGAGUGUCUUGACAUUUUGGUUUUCUUUACAAGAGCUAUGCGUUAAUUGUUACCAAGACCUGUGAAUGACCAUAGGCUUGGCUUGACCUUGAUUUUGAUGGCUUUGUUGGAAGAUCUGAUGAUGUGAUUGCUUGUCAUGAGGUGAUUGCUCUCAAGCCUCCAGCCUCCGUGGCUCUGUGUAUAAACCACUUCUGCCACACUGUCACUCAUGGACAAUUCAGAUUUUUCUUUUAAACAGUCCUAUUGGCUAUUUUUAUUUUCUCAAUUUUCAUUUCCCCCUUGUUUCUUCUUAAUGUUGGGAGCUUUAUUCUACCCUCCGAUGUGAUUGACAGUCCUGCUUCUCCGUGCUGCUGAUUUCCAGUUUAAACUACAAUGGCUCUAAGUGGCAACUGCAGGACUUACCUUCCUGCCCGGGAGCAGGGGCCAGGGCUGCCCUCCUUCCCCGAGGUGGUGGAGCUCAACGUGGGCGGCCAGGUUUACUUCACUCGCCACUCCACCUUGGUUGGCACCCCUCACUCCCUGCUCUGGAAAAUGUUCACCCCAAAGAGAGACACGGCCAACGAUCUGGCCAAGGACUCCAAGGGAAGAUUCUUCAUCGACAGAGAUGGUUUCCUGUUCCGCUAUAUUCUGGACUAUCUCAGGGACAAGCAAGUGGUUCUGCCUGACCACUUCCCAGAGAAGGGAAGGCUCAGGAGGGAGGCUGAGUACUUCCAGCUCCCGGACCUGGUCAAGCUCCUGACUCCCGACGACAGCAAGCAAAGCCCUGAUGAUUAUUGCCACAGUGACUACGAAGAGGUGUCCCAGGGCAGUGACACCAGAAUCUGCCCCCCCUCACUGCUGCCGCCCGACCGCAAGUGGGGAUUCAUCACCAUCGGCUACCGUGGCUCGUGCACCAUUGGCAGGGAGAGCCAAGCAGAUGCCAAAUUCAGGAGGGUCCCAAGGAUUUUGGUUUGUGGAAGGAUUUCUUUGGUCAAAGAGGUUUUUGGAGAAAGUUUGAAUGAAAGCAGAGACCCGGACAGGGCUCCAGAAAGGUACACCUCCAGGUUUUAUCUCAAGUUCAAGCACCUGGAGAGGGCUUUUGACAUGUUGUCCGAGUGUGGAUUCCACAUGGUGGCCUGUAACUCCUCGGUGACGGCUUCCUUCGUCAACCAGUACACAGACGACAAGGUCUGGUCCAGCUACACCGAAUAUGUCUUCUACCGUGAGCCCUCCCGCUGGUCCUCGUCGCACUGCGACUGCUGCUGCAAGAACGGCAAGGGCGACAAGGAGGGCGAGAGCGGCACGUCCUGCAACGAGCUGUCCACGUCCAGCUGCGACAGCCAGUCCGAGGCCAGCUCCCCGCAGGAGACCGUCAUCUGCGGGCCCGUGACGCGCCAGCCCAACAUCCAGACUCUGGACAGGGCCAAGAAGGGCCCGGUGCAGCUGCUGCAGCAGGCCGAGAGCCGCAGGAAGAGCGACCUGCUCCGGACUCUCACCUCCGGCUCCCGCGAGUCCAACGCCAGCAAGAAGAAGGCCGUGAAGGAGAAGCUCUCCAUCGAGGAGGAGCUGGAGAAAUGCAUCCAGGAUUUCCUCAAGAUCAAGAUCCCAGACAGGUUUCCCGAGAGGAAGCACCCCUGGCAAUCGGAACUGCUGCGCAAGUACCACCUGUAGGAUCGGGGCGGCCAGAGGCACGGCCCCGCACCUGGAGCCAGAGCCGAGGGACAGCACAGGAACUCCCAGUAAUAACUGUGCGUUAGGUCGCCAAAACCAAACCCAUCUCUAGUACUGCCUAACUUGCCUAUUUCACCUUAACAUUUCUAGUGGUAGGGGAGCGAUCUCUCUGCAGUCCUGGAAGCACAAUGACAAACGCUUUUGUUUGUAAACUCCGAGUCUUACACAAGCUGAAAACCUUAAUGGCACAGCCAGGGCACGCUGGUGCGGCCCCAGCAGGGCAGGGCAGGGCAGGGUGGGCAGGGCUCGGUGCCCUCUGCAGCCUGCUCAGACCCCGUGUGCCCGCAGGGAGGAGCACAGCACAGAGCCCAGCCCUGCCCCGCAGUUUAAGCAUGUGUAUUUAUAUAUGUGCAUAUAUAUAUGUGUGUAUAUAUAUCUCUGUGUAUAUAUAUAUGUAUAUAUAUAUCAAUAUAUAUUGCUUAAAGACUUUCUGGCUCUCUCCUUAUAACUGCACUUUCUCAGAAAAGAGCAUUUUUUUAGUCUGUGGAUGUCCCGUUUCUCCUCCAGGCCUCUGAGGGCUGAACAGUAUGAAUCCAUCUCCCCGUCUCUCUCCUCUCCCCCUGCCCGUCCUUCCCCUCCCUGGGACACUGUGAAUGUGUCCCAGGGGAGAGCAGGGUGCAGUCUCUGGGUUUGUGUUACCAUCAGUGAAAUCCUCUGUCUGGUUGGGACGCUGUGUCCCUCCCUGUUCCCCAGGGCUCUCGGCUGUUACAGGAGUGCUGAUCCCCCUGGAAUGCUGCAGGGAUGCUCUGGGCUGUGUGGGGAUGCUGGUCCUGCAGGUGCCAGCUGUGUGUGCCAGGAGGGGCUGUCCCAGCUGGCAGGGUUUGUGUUACCAUCAGUGAAAUCCUCUGUCUGGUUGGGAUGCUGUGUCCCUCCCUGUUCCCCAGGGCUCUUGGCUGUUACAGGUGUGGAAAGCUGCAGGGAUGGCUCUGGGCUGUGUGGGGAUGCCGUGGGGGUGCUGGCUCCCGCAGGUGCCAGGGCUGCGUGCCAGGAGGGGCUGUCCCAGCUGGCAGGGACAGUGGGCACUGCAGCCCCUCAGCCCCAGAACCCCCCCAGCCCACCCAGGGGCUCAGAGCUGGCACUGCAGGGGGGAGCAGGGCAGUGCCAGGGGCAGCACAGCCCUGCAGGAGCUCCCUGCAGCCCCUCCUGUGGUGCCAGCCCUGCCAGGGCCCUGGCGGCACUGCAGCAAGGCACACUCUGUGCCCAUGUGCCCGGAGCUGUGGGAAAGGCUGGGCUGCUCCUGCACUGCUCUGAGCUCGGGGAAGGGCCAGGGUAGGGGGGCACAGGCUGGCCACAGAGGGGCAGGGCUGGCACAGGCAGGGCUGGCACAGGCAGGGCUGGCACAGGGCUGGGCAGGGGGCUCGGGCUGCUGGGGCUGCCAUGGAGAGGGACAGAACACUGCAGCACUCCAGCUGGGGAGGCCACAGCUGGGAACAAACCAGCUGCAGGAUUUUGGAUCGAUCAUUUCUUCUCUAAAGGCACAGGAAGAAGAGUUUAUAUAUAUAUAUAUAUAUAUAU